AGUAACAUUCCGCUCAGCCAAAUUCAAAAUGUCUGCCGAUGAAGACACAGAACUGAGAGAUUUGGUUGCACAAUCCCUUGAAAGCAAAGGAGUUCUAGGAAAAAUAAGGGCACAGCUUAGAGCAAGUGUGUUCCUCGUUCUUGAUGAGCAGGAUGAUGCAGAGAAUAAAAUACCCCUAUCAAAUCCAAACCUUAAAAAGUUCCUCAACAACAGUGAAGGACGUCUAGUUACUGGUCUUGUCAGAGAGUUCCUGGAAUUCUUUGAUUUGGAUUUUACUAUAGCAGUAUUUGACCCUGAAAGUAGUUUUAGCGAUCGAUAUCAAGGCAGAAAUAAUUUAGCCAAUGAAUUAAAGUUAAAUGAUGUUGAUAAGAUAUCCAGUAAGCCACUCCUACUUGAGGUUGUACAGAGAAUGCUGCAAGGUGGAAGUACAAUUAAUACAAAACAACAACCACCAUCUAGUAAUACCCAGACUCAAGUGAAGAAUUCUUCCUGGCAAAAUGGUCCCAUAAGCCCUCGCAGCUCAAGUCCAUCAUCAAUUGGCAAGGAAGAAGAUGAUGCCAGUCGGUCAGAGUUGAUGAUCAGUGCUGGUUUUGAAAAUGAUGAUUAUAUGAAACCCAGUAAAAUACCCCAAAGAGUAAAAGACGACAGAUCAAGAUCAGCAAGUCAUAGUCUUGCUAGCGAGAAUGGUCUUGAUCAUAUUAGUGAAGGAAGACUUGACCAAAAAGACAAAUCAUUGUCUGAUUCUCGGCAUGACCAGCCUGGACGAGGAAGUCCUGAUAGAACCAUUGGUAGUGAUGAUGAUGAUAUUUUUUCCGAGUUUAUGUCCAAGCAAAAACCAUCAUAUCAAGCAAACAAGACAAAAAAAGAUAGCAAUGCAGACAAAAAGGCACUGGACAAACUGGAGUUAGGUCCUAAAUCCACAGCUGUAUUGUCAUCACUAAAAGGAGCACCAUCACUAGGGGGUUCAGGACUUGGUUCAUUAAAGGAUGCGCCCCCCUUGACAGGAACAUCAAAACCAAGCAAAGACCUGAUGAAGUCACCAGACUGGGGGGACCUUGCAGACAUAGACAACAGAAUUAAUAAAUUAGGAUUUGAUCUUCAUGGAGAUGACAAAGGCAACCAUUCACAAGAGUUUGAUUAUGAGGAUGAUUUCCAGCCAUCAAGUGAACACAGUUUAACAGAAGAGAUCGAGGAACAACUUAGCAGUUACCAUAGCAACAGCAGUAAGGCCGACGAUCCUCUUACCACAGACAGAACAGUAUCACGUGCUAGUGACAGUGGUCUUGACUAUGCUGAAGACAUUUUAGAUGAUUUCUGAGAAGUUAUUUCUCUGCUGCAAUUCUACCAAUGAAGAUCUCUCUUGAUUGUUUUGGUGUCUUCAUAUUUGGAUAUUUAUUUGUCUUUGGAUAUUGGAAAACCCAAAAACUAUUUCCAGAUAUCAUGUUGUCCAGAUAAAUGAAUGUGAUAUUUCCAGGACAUGUCAAGCUUGUGGUGUGAAGGGUAAUAUAGGCUGUGAUAUUGAGCCACUAUUGCAGACAGAACCCUGCAGACAGGAAAAUAUAGCUGUUGUAUAAGAUGUGACAACAAUUAAUGGAGCAUUUCAGCCUGUGAAACAACAUGGACCAUUUCAGCCUGUAAAACAACAUGGAGCAUUUCAGCCUGUGAAACAAACAUGGAGCAUUCAGCCUGUGAAACAAACAUGGAGCAUUUCAGCCUGUGAAACAAACAUGGAGCAUUUCAGCCUGUGAAACAGUGGUCGUUAUAAUAGACCAAGUGUUUAGAGUGUCACUGUCACAGUGUGUACUUGUACAAAGCAAUAUUAUUGACGAAAACAAAGUUUUUAACUUGUAUUAUAGGGAGUGAAUUAUGUAUGAUUGAAAUAAAUAGUUGAAUAUGUUAUCA